AUGCGAGCGUCUGUCAUGCUCUGUGCUGCCUUGGGUGGCUUUCUUUUCGGCUAUGACACGAGUGUCAUCAACGCCGCCCUUUUUCAGAUGAAGGAUCGCUUCGGCUUCGGCGAGCACUCGUGGCAGUACGCCCUCAUCGUCGCCAUCGCCAUCGCUGGUGCCUUUGUCGGGGCCUUUAUUUCCGGCUUCGUCUCCGCCAGCUUUGGUCGCCGCCCGUGCAUUGCCGUGGCCGAUUUUCUGUUCAUUGUCGGCUCCGUGCUGAUGGCGGCGGCCCCGAAUGUGGAGGUGGUGCUCGUGUCGCGCGUCAUCGUCGGCUUGGCCAUCGGUAUUAGCUCUGCCACUAUUCCAGUUUACCUGGCGGAGGUCACGUCCCCGCAGCACCGUGGCGCCACCAUCGUUCUAAACAACCUGUUCCUGACAGGUGGUCAGUUUAUCUCGGCCAGCUUCACCGCCAUCAUGGUCAUCUUUACGAGCAAUAAUGUCGGUUGGCGGGUGGCGAUUGGUAUCGGCGCGCUGCCAGCUGCCGUUCAGAUGUUCUGCCUCCUCUUUUUCCUUCCAGAGAGUCCGCGUUGGCUUCUCUCGAAGGGGUACUCGGACCGUGCCAAGGCUGUGGCGGCUGAGUUCGAUGUGGACCUCUGCGAGUUUCAAGAGGGCGAUGUGGUGCCCUCUGUCAGCAUCGACUACCGUCCGCUGAUGGCGCGUGAUAUGCGCUUCCGUGUUGUGCUCAGCUCUAUGCUGCAGAUCAUCCAGCAGUUCUCUGGCAUCAACACCAUCAUGUACUACAGCUCUGUGAUCCUCUACGACGCCGGCUUUCGAGACGCCAUUAUGCCAGUCGUGCUUUCCAUCCCACUCGCCUUCAUGAAUGCCCUCUUCACGGGGCUGGGCAUCUUCACGGUCGAUCGCUUUGGUCGCCGCCGCAUGCUGCUCAUCUCGAUCCUCGGUUGUCUUGCCCUGCUGGUUAUGAUUUCCAUCAUUGGGUACUUCCUCGGCACACGCAUUCCGUACUCCGUCGGUGGGUGGCUUUUCUUGGCGCUGCUUGCCGUCUUCCUUGGCUUCUACGCGCCUGGCAUUGGCUGCAUUCCGUGGGUAAUCAUGGGCGAGAUCUUCCCAACGCACCUGCGCACAUCGGCGGCGUCCGUCGCGACCAUGGCGAACUGGGGGGCCAACGCGCUCGUGUCGCAGGUUUUUCCACUCUUACUCGGCGCCAUCGGUGUCGGCGGCACCUUCACAAUCAUCGCCGGUCUCGUGGCUCUGGGCUGCCUGUUCGUGUACUUCUUCGUCGUGGAGACGAAGGGACUCACACUGGAGCAGAUUGACAACAUGUUCCGCAAGCGCGCCGGCAUGCCGGCGCGCUAUCAUGAGGAAGGUGAGAGUGGAACCCGCGACGACAAGGGCGGUGAAUUCGGCCGUAUGGCGACAGAGGACGCUGGCGACCUGUCCUCGUUGUGCAACCAGAGCGUGGAGCCUGCCAAAGCCGUGGUGGACGCCUUUAUGCCGGCUGUUAUGAGUGAUCGUCCCGGCACGUCUAACGAGGAUAAAGAAGUAGCGAAGGCCUCCUCCUCAGAACCCCAGUCGUUCGCAAACCAGAACGAGGAGCAGCAAACGGCUGCCACCAAAGUUUUGCGUGAGCGCAAGUAG